AGGUCCUCCCCUGCCAGCCCAGCCCAUAACAUAAAAUACAAAGAGCCGUAUUCAUCCAGGCAGUAAGGAAUUCCCCUCCUUGGUCCCCAGCUGUAUUAUAAAGAGGGAAACCAACAGUUGCCCAAGUCCAGGAGUUUCUGCUGGCUGCGUCUGAGUGACUUCUCUCCUCGCCUCAAAAUGGAUUCUAAAAUGUGCAGAUUCCUUGCGGUCGGCGUUUUCCUCCUCAGCCUGAAGGCAGACCCAACCGCCGCCUGUUCCUGUGCCCCUAGACAUCCUCAGACUGCCUUCUGCAAUGCUGAUAUGGUGAUCAGAGGCAAAUUUGUGAGUGUCAGCAAGCAGCAUGUGAACGUUUCUGUGGGAGAACCUGUGUGGUGGGUACGCCAUGAAAUCAAAACAACCAAGGUAUACAAGGGUCCAGAAGAGGUGCAAGAUGUCCGCUUUCUCUACACUCCAGCUAUGGAAAGCCUCUGUGGUUAUGAACACAAGGGCCCACUCAAAGGAGAGGAAUAUGUCAUUGCAGGUACAGAAUGAUCCCUAAGACCAGGAAAACUGAAAACAA